AUGUCGUAUAAUGGCAUUAAAAGUUCUUCAUUUCCUGGCUGGUUUUUUAAUCUUACCAACCUCGUAACACUUGAUCUAUCCGGGAAUGAUUUCAAGGAUUCUUUUCCAAGUGAAUUUUCAAACUUGAAAUCUCUCAAAAACCUUUAUUUAUCUGAAAUAGGCUUAAAAGGUCAAAUUCCUAAAGUGAGUGGAAAUUUCUGCAAGCUAAAGGCCUUAAGUCUUUCAAAGAACAAAUUUGAUGGGGGGAUUGAAGAGUUUUGGAGGAGUCUCUCCAAUUGUCCAAGUAAUACAUUAGAGUCACUAGAUUUGUUUUUUUGCAAGCUUGAAAGCCAAUUGCCGGUCUUUUUAGGAAUGUCUAAAAGUUUGCAAAAUCUCAACCUUAGAGGAAACUCUUUGUGGGGCUCAAUUCCAGAUUCCAUCGGAAACUUGUUGUCCUUGAGAACACUAGACCUCACUUAUAAUCAUAUGAAUGGCUCCAUUCCACAAAGUAUAGGACAACUUUAUGAGCUACGUUCCCUAUCUCUAUCUGGUAACUCAUGGGAAGGCAUUAUGACAGAGACCCAUUUCAUAAAUCUUACCAGAUUACAAAAUUUUCGAGUAGGAACUAUAGAUCGACCCAUGUCCUUCCUUUUCCGAGUAGGAAAUAUAGACCGACUUAUGUCCCUCAUUUUCGACGUGGCUUCUGAUUCAGUUCCUCCCUUCAAGUUCCACACAAUUGAGAUCUUGAAUUGUCAGAGCAUUGAUCUUUCAUCAAAUAAUUUACAAGGUGAAAUCCCUAAAGAAAUAAGCAGCCUCAUUCUAUUGGGCACCUUGAAUUUGUCCAUGAAUCAAUUGACUGGAAAGAACCCCUCCAAGGUCGGAAACUUGCAUCGGCUCGAAACUCUUGAUCUAUCACACAACCACCUCUCAGGACAGAUUCCUCAAAGCUUGUCAUCUUUAACCUCUUUGUCCCACUUGGACUUGUCUUACAACAAUUUGUCCGAAAGAAUUCCUUCUAGAAAUCAACUUCAAACGCUCAAUGUUCCAUCCAUUUAUACGGGCAAUCCAUGGCUAUGUGGCCUUCCUCUCUCAACUAAGUGCCCUGGAGAUGACACUUUUACUUCUAAGGAUGCAAAGGACAAGAAUGAAGAAGGAAAUGAUAAGUUGUGGUUCUAUGUUAGCAUGGUACUUGGCUUUAUCGUAGGCUCUUGGGGCGUCUGCGGCACGCUGAUCUUAAAAACAUCGUGGAGGUAUGCUUAUUUUCAACUCUUGGAUGACAUCAAAGAUAAGCUCCGGCCGCAGGUGCGUGAAGGCCACGUGAUCCUGGUCGACUGUCUCUUCCUCCACAGUUCUGGACAAUGGUUUCGAAGCUCUGGCGAUUCUGACAGGUCAAUAACAACAAGUGUUCCACUGUCCAAAAAGAAAACAAUUGUACGAGUUUCUGAUUUUCUUGCAGUUGAAGAGGAUCCUGCUGAUGCUGAACCUAAGUUUAACCCUUUUACUGGAUCUGGAAGACGCUUGGAUGGGAAACCUUUGAAAUAUGAGCCAGCACCGGCUUCUUCCUCAGGAUCCAAAGACAAGAAACCUGUAGUUACCAAUGGAAAUGCGCAACCUUCUACAGGAUCUAGUUCACAAGCUACCAGCGGUCAGGCUCAGGGAAAACUUGUUUUCGGAGCAAACACUACUACAAAAGGACCUAAUAGUGUCACUUCUUGCGUCGGUUUAAUAUUAUAUAGUGGCGAAAAAGAGAUUUGCGACACUCACUGA